AUGAGGAUCCUCGUGGGACUAUCCCUGCUUUCUUUUAUUUCCCCGGCCUUCUGCGGUCCUACAGCCAAACUUCAUCUACGAGAUGAACCGACCCAGAUCGAUCAACCUUUGAUCAAACUCAAGCCUCAACAAAGCCUCUCGAGAGAGCUUGUGAACCUAGAUGGCCUGUGGAAAUUUUCCCUCGCGUCUGGUCCCAAUGACACAGCCAAGCCAUGGACAGCCCCGUUGCCCAAAGGUCUUGAAUGCCCCGUGCCAGCCUCCUACAAUGACAUAUUUGUUGAUCGAAAGAUUCACGACCAUGUCGGCUGGGUGUACUAUCAGCGCGACGUGAUUGUUCCCAAAGGCUGGUCGCAAGAAAGAUAUCUUGUGCGGGCCGAGUCGGCCACGCAUGAAGGCCGCCUAUACGUGAACGAUCAUCUUCUCGCUGAACAUGUCGGAGGCUACACACCCUUUGAAGCCGACAUUACUGAUAUUGUCGCCGCUGGGGAGAAAUUCCGGUUGACUAUCGCCGUCAACAAUGAGCUCACCCAUGAAACAAUUCCGCCGGGUGAGAUCGCGGUAUCAAAUGUCACUGGCAAGAGAAAACAGACCUAUCACCAUGACUUUUACAACUAUGCUGGUCUUGCUCGAUCCGUCUGGUUGUACUCUGUCCCUCGCCAGCAUAUUCAGGAUAUCACUGUCGUCACUGAUGUUGACGGCGCCGAUGGUCUGAUCAAGUAUGCGGUGAAAGUUGCCAAUACCACGAACGAACAGGUCAAGAUUACUGUCUUCGAUGAAGAUGGAAAGCUCGCUGCGAACGCCUCGGGGUCAGAAGGCACUGUGAAGAUCGAUUCAGUCAAGCUAUGGCAGCCAGGCGCCGCCUAUCUCUACCAGUUCCAGGCCAGCAUCGUGGAUUCCAGCGGUGAUCUAGUUGACACCUAUAGUCUGGCCACAGGCGUUCGCACUGUCAAAGUCAGCGGCAACAAGUUCCUCAUCAACGACAAGCCCUUUUACUUCACCGGAUUUGGAAAACACGAGGAUACCGCAGUUCGCGGAAAAGGUCAUGAUCAAGCAUACAUGGUCCACGAUUUCCAGCUGCUCAACUGGAUCGGGGCAAACUCAUUCCGAACAUCACACUACCCAUACGCUGAAGAGGUCAUGGACUUUGCAGACCGAAAUGGGAUCGUUAUUAUUGACGAAACCCCCGCCGUGGGACUGAAUAUUGCUCUACUGGGUGUGUCUGGUGGUGAUUCUGCAACUUUUACCCCAGACGCAAUUAACAACAAAACACAAGCUGCUCACAAGCAGGCUAUAAGGGAACUCAUCAGUCGGGACAAGAACCAUGCCAGUGUUGUGAUGUGGUCCAUCGCCAACGAGCCCGCUUCUCAAGAAGAUGGGGCUCGCGAAUACUUCCAGCCUUUAGCCAAGCUGACUCGAGAACUUGACCCAAGUCGCCCGAUCACUUUUGCCAAUGUCGGCAUGGCAACAUACAAAACAGACCAAAUCUCUGAUCUGUUUGAUGUAAGCUGUCUCAAUCGGUAUUUCGGGUGGUAUUCCGAGACCGGAGACCUCGAGGAAGCCGAAGCAGCUCUCGAAGAGGAGCUUCGUGGCUGGGAGAAGAAGUUCGACAGACCUAUCAUCAUGACUGAGUAUGGUGCCGACACCAUUGCUGGGCUUCAUUCUGUGCUAGGCUUGCCCUGGAGUGAGGAGUACCAGACGCAAAUGCUUGCCAUGUACCAUCGAGUCUUUGAUCGUAUUGAUUCGAUGUCGGGUGAGCAUGUUUGGGCCUUUGCUGAUUUCCAGACUACUGUGGGGACUUUGCGGGUGGAUGGUAACAAGAAGGGCGUCUUUACUAGAGACAGGAAACCGAAGGCGGCGGCGCAUGGUUUGAGGGAUAGGUGGACUAAGAUGACAGCCGAGUGA